AUAUAAGACUCAGCCUAGAAAACGAAGCGGUUCAGUUAGUGGUCAUACGCCACGCUAAAACAUACGUGAACUCGAGAAUGAAUAUUAAGGUUGCCAUCAUUUUGGUGGCAGUGGCCACCCAAGUUAUAUGCGCGGAGGAUUCGAGCAAGGCGGACAAAAGCUCGCAAAAUGUCCAAGCGGAGUCAACAGAGAAGAAGACGGAAAAACGCGGACUCCAGCAUAGUUUCGGUGAUUUGGGCGGUGGCGGCGGUCUCGAGUUGCACGGCGGUGGUGGCGGCGGUGGCGGCGGGGGCGGCGGCGGCUAUGAUCAUCACGAGCACGUGAAGACGGUGACAGUUGUAAAGAAAGUGCCGGUACCUUACGAAGUAACGAAGCAUGUACCCUACUUGGUGGAGAAGCAUGUACCGUACGAGGUGAAGGUCGGCGUGCCGCAGCCCUACACCGUCGAAAAGCAUGUGCCCUACCCUGUGAAGGUGUUCGUCAAAGUGCCGGUCCACGUGCCGCAGCCGUACACCGUCGAGAAGAAGGUGCCGUAUGAAGUGAAGGUGCCGGUAGACAAGCCUUACGAAGUCAAGGUAUACGUGCCACAGCCCUACACCGUGGAGAAACACAUACCGGUGCCGGUGAAGGUGCCGGUGCCGCAACCCUACACCGUCGAAAAGCACGUGCCGUUCCCGGUGAAGGUAAAGGUGCCGGUACCGCAGCCGUAUGCUGUGGAGAAACCGGUGCCCUACGAGGUGAAGGUACCGGUAGACAAGCCGUAUCCAGUCCACGUGCCAAAACCGUAUCCGGUCACCGUGGAAAAACCGUAUCCGGUGCCGGUCGAGAAACCAAUACCGUACGAAGUGAAGGUGCCGGUCGACAAGCCUUACCCGGUGCCGGUGGAGAAACCAUAUCCGGUGCCGGUGAAGGUGCCGGUACCGCAACCAUACCAUGUUCACAAGCCAGUACCGGUGCCGGUGGCGAAGCCGGUUCCGGUGCCGGUCAAAGUGCCGGUUGACAAGCCGUAUAUCGUCGAGAAGGAGAUUCCUGUUCCGGUCGAGAAGGAAGUACCGGUACCGGUCAAAGUUCCGGUGGCCGUACCCAUUCAUAUACCGAAGCACGAGGAUCUGGGCGGUUACGGUGGCGGUGGCGGUGGCGGAUAUGGUGGCGGCGGAUAUGGUGGCGGCGACGACGGAGGCGGUAUCGACUUGCAUGGUGGUUUCGGUGGCGGUGGCGGUGGCGGUUACGAAUCGUUUCAUGGCUGAUUCUCGCGACGACGAAGCGCGGAGCGGACGCGAACAUCGAGAAGCGCUUUCAUUUUUAAGAAAACGUUCUCACUCUCUCGAUGUUAAUCGCGUGUUUUUCUCCGAAUUGAAAAAUUCCCUUUGCCGAAUUAGUUUAUUAAUUCUUUCUUGAGAACUAAUCUCGAGAGCAGUACGAAAUUUUAGUAGCUUAAGCGAGGAUCUUUGUCCCGGUGAUUAGCGUAUUGGGAGGAAUAUGCAGGUGACAAUUAUCUAGCGCAAUUGACGAGUUUACCGACAUAUUUCUUGUAUUAUAUAUCCCGAAAAUUCAGGCACGGCCGCGUAGCGAUUAUUCGGUAAUAUUCGUAGACUGCGUGUUACAAUAAGAUAAACGGAAUCGAUUAUUCUAUGGAUUAUGUGUUCUCCGCAAUAACGAAUUGCGCACAUUAAAUUAAUAAAUUAACAUGGCCAAAACACUCAAAAACACAAAUUCUGCAUACUACUUCUAUCCUAAAAAGAUAUAUGAGUUGCUGUGAGGUAUGUUUUACCACAUUAAGAAACUCACUUGUACCUAAAUAAGUUAAGCGAAAAACUUAAUUGUGGAAACAAUAUAUCAUUUUAUAUCAAAGAUUUAAUAAAUACUCUACCUAUUA